AUGACAUCAAUAGACGUUUUUUGCGGUUUUAACGUACAGAGCGAACCUCAAUAUAAAAGGGUUAUCUGCGUCAGCCUGGCCGAUGACAUCGAGGUUGCUGGCAAUGGCGUAACACAGGGUUUCUCCUCUUCCAUCGCAACCACAACCCAGAGGCUAAUGGCCGAGAAGCAGAAAAGCGACCUGCUUCUCUCGAAGAUGCUCCCCAUGCCAGUUCUACAGCGGCUGCGGGCGCAGAAGACCGUCCCGGCAGAGGCGUUUGAUGCCGUCACCAUAUUCUUCAGCGAUAUUGUGGGGUUCACGUCCAUAUCUGCCAAUAGUACGCCCAUGGAGAUUAUCAAUAUGCUCAACAUGCUGUACAGGUUAUUUGAUGAGAAAAUAACGCAGUACAAUGUUUACAAAGUGGAAACUAUAGGCGACGCUUACAUGGCUGUAUCUGGCUUGCCUCAAAGAAACGGAAACAAACACGCAUCAGAAAUAGCGGACAUGUCCCUCUCACUGAUGCGGAGCCUGGACGGGGCCACAGUCCCCCAUAACCCCGCCGAAGCCCUAAGGAUCCGCGCCGGCGUUAACACGGGGCCCUGUGUGGCGGGGGUGGUCGGGACUUGCAUGCCGCGCUACUGCCUUUUUGGUGAUACUAUCAAUACGGCGAGUCGUAUGGAAAGUACGGGGGAAGCUUAUAUUUUGCGCAUUAGUGGUGGUAAAGAAGCAUGCACAAUAUCCACAUGA